AUGCGCCGGAAGUAACCGGUGAUUUUGCUGGCGUCCGUUCUUCCGCAGGGCGGAAAAGGCAUGUCUUCUUGUGUCCCGACCAUUUCCAGUCCUCUUUCCUUGCAAGACCCCAUGAGUAAACUGUGGCGGCGCGGAAGCACCUCUGGGGCUAUGGACGCCCCUGAGCCGGGGGAAGCACUCGAGUUGAGCGUGGCAGGUGCCCACUGCCACGGAGUACACAAGAAGAAACACAAGAAACAUAAGAAGAAACACAAAAAGAAGCAUCACCAGGAAGAGGAGGCCGGGUCGACACAGCAGGCUCCUGCUAAGCCCCAGCUUAAACUCAAAAUCAAGCUGGGUGGGCAGGUUCUGGGCACCAAGAGUGUUCCUACCUUCACUGUGAUCCCUGAGGGCCCUCGAUCACCCUCUCCCCUGAUGGUUGUGGAUAAUGAAGAGGAACCUAUGGAAGGAGUGCCCCUGGAGCAGUAUAGAGCCUGGCUGGAUGAAGACAGCAAUCUGUCCCCCUCCCCACUCCGGGACCUGCCAGGUGAUUUGGGGGGCCAGGAGGAAGAGGAGGAACAGAGGUGGCUAGAGGCCCUGGAGAAGGGGGAGCUAGAUGACAAUGGAGACCUCAAGAAGGAGAUCAAUGAGCGGCUGCUUACUGCUCGGCAGGAGACCUCGCCACUCGACACCGCCCUUCCCUUUCUUUCCCCAGCGCGCUCUGCUGCAGAAGGCUCGCAGUCAGCCCUCCCAGAUACUGCCUCUGCCAGCGGCCGGAGGUUGCCAGGCCCCCGCCCUAACCGAAGAAAUGCUGCUGAAGCGCGAGGAGCGGGCGCGCAAGCGGCGGCUGCAGGCGGCGCGGCGGGCGGAGGAACACAAGAACCAGACGAUCGAGCGCCUCACCAAGACGGCUGCGCCCAGCGGGCGCGGAGGACGCGGGGCCGCGCGGGGCGAGCGGCGCGGAGGGCGGGCGGCGGCCCCAGCCCCGGCCCCAAUGGUGCGCUACAGCAGCGGAGCGCAGGGCUCCACCUUGUCCUUCCCACCCGGCGUCCCCGCACCCGCGGCAGUUUCGCAGCGGUCCGCCCAGUCCGGCCCUCAGCGCUGCUCGGUGCCUGGCUGCCCCCACCCACGCCGCUACGCCUGUUCCCGCACCGGCCAGGCACUCUGCAGCCUCCAGUGCUACCGCAUCAACCUACAGAUGCGGCUGGGGGGACCCGAGGGCCCGGGGUCCCCCCUCCUGGCUACCUAAGCCCCUAGCGAGCCGGGACUCUCCACCUUCUCUCAUGCCGGGUUUUCAGUGUCUUCCUCGCCCUAUUAAAUUUCAUCCGGUGUCU